AUGGCUUCUGAUUAUGCUACCACUGCUCCACUCACAUCUGAACAGCAGAUGAACGUUUUCCGACUUCGAGAUAAAAUGAGCCUGCUAAAUGCAGAGUUCCUGAAAGUUCUCAAUGGAUUCUACACUGAGAAAAGCCACUAUGAUUUUACUGUAACGAUGCAAUCAUACAUGGAUCAUGUCAAAAACCUCAAAGUCAUGUAUAAAGUUGAUGACGAUGUAGUUGUUGCCAUGACUGCAAAACCAGUUCCCGUUAAGUCAGCAGCAAAGCAUGCAGAAGCUAAAUCCCAGAAUUCGGGAGAAAACCCAUUCCAACGCAAGAUUGCAAAAGCUGUUCGUCGAAAUGGAUCAAAUAUGGAUUCUCCGAAAAUUGUCAAUUCUACGGUCUUUGCUGCCUCGAGUCCAGCUGCUGCAAUUUCCGCACCAAAAUUCGGUGAUAUUUCCGUCAUUGCUAAAGAAACACCAGCACCGUCAACUAAGUCGAAGGAAAUGCUCGACUCACCUGCUCCAACAACAGCACGUAAACGUGCGAUUCGCGGCGGAGGACCACUCGGUGGCUCUGAAUCUGUGAUUUUCAAAUCGGGCAAUGAGCCUCAGGCUUCAACUUCUACUGUGAACAUUCCGGCAACGACUAUCAAAUUCCCAGAACCGAGUAAAGAUUUUUGGACUAAGAAAGACACAAGCAAUAGUGAAGGAAACACUUCAACGAACAAUGGAGGAUCUCUGUUUGCUUUUCUAGCCAAAGAUGGUGAGAAGUCAAAAGAGCCUGCUAAAUUUUCUGGAUUCUCAUUUGGAAAGAAGGACGAUAACAGCAUCACCGAAAGCGAGAGCAAAAAAAAUGAAGGAAUUUCUGCUUCAAAGUCAUUAUUUGGAUCAAUCGAAGAAUCUGCUCCAAAAUCUUCAACUGGCCCCUCGUUCGGAGGAAUAACGAAGGCGUCACCAGCUUCUACUAAUCCAACAAAACCAUUAGUUUUUGGAGAACAGAAAAAAGACAUCAACGACAGUGGUUCUAGUUCAGCCCCAAAACCGUUUGCUGCUCUAUCUUUUGGGGCCUCUCUAUUCGGAUCUUCUUCUACAACAUCCAAACCUCUGUCGUUCGGUUCAAGUGGCACUUCAUCCGGUGGCUCAAUGUUUAGUGGAUUUGCUGGAUUAGCCCAGAAAGCAGUGGACAAUCAAUCAAAACCCGAUGGUGGAGAUGAUGAUGAAGCAGAAUACGUCCCACCUAAGGCCGAAACGGUAGAAGCCGAGGAACCUGAUGCAGUGCUAAGUAGCAAAGUGUCUGUGUUCAAAUUCUCCGGCAAGGAAUACACGAAGCUUGGCGUCGGCAUGCUUCACAUCAAAGAUAAUGAAGGAAAGUUCAGUGUACUCAUCAGAGCUGCCACUGCAACAGGAACUGUUUGGCUCAAUGCUCUUUGCAACAAAGCUAUGAAAGCUACAAAAGUCGAUGACAAAGGAGAAAGAAUCCGGUUGACUUGUCCAACGUCUCAAACCGAAAUGACGACAAUGAUGAUUCGAUUCGGAAGUGCUGAUGGUGCAAAGAAAUUCACCGAUAAGAUUGAAGAAGUGGCAAAGUAA